AUCCCAGCUUGCAGUGGUUCCAGAAACAUAUCCAUAUAUGGUCUACUUGUCAGGGACAAUAAAUAAUGAUGUAAUAGAAAGGUCAGCUUUGUGUCAUUUAGCUCCAGGAUGUUGAUGAAGUGAAGUUCUUCAGAUAAUGCAACAAAGAACUUCAGGAUUGGUACAAGUUUCUGCUGUGCAUCUUCAAACAGGAAAUCUGAGAUUGGGAACAACUUAUAUUUUGGCUUGUAUUCGCUGAUCAUGGGGUGAUCCAGAAAUAAACUCCGGGCUUCAAAGUGAGUGUGUUUCAAAGCUGUCCUGCACUUGAUCGAAACAUCCAGGCAAAGCAGGGAGACAAAUACCAGCGAGGAUUUUCUGAAUUAAGACUUAACCAAGGAGAUAACCCAUUUCAACACAGUUAUAACCCUUUUAUUUCAGAACAAAAAGGUGGUGCCUGUAGCUUUGUCCCUAGAAUAUUUUGCUCAGAAAUCAAUGCUGUAGCUAAAGCAUACUAAGGAAAGCAAGGAGUUAUAAAAAUGGCUACGACGGCGGCAAAUACUCAAAGACAAACGAUAGGCUGCGAGGAGUACAGCCUGUACAGCAGCCUGAGUGAAGAUGAGCUGAUCAAGAUGGCCAUCCAGCAGAGCCUGGAAGAGGACCCGGCUGGUCAGCCAGUGGCCCAGAGCCCCCAGAAGUCGCUGGUGGCCCGUGCUGGUGACGUGCCCGCCCCAAGCCGUGCCAACCCACACAACCCUCCCUACCGCAUCUACCCCUGGCACAGCAUGACCUGUUUCUCCUACUCGGAGUAUUUCUCCUUAUUCCAUUCAUGUCAUCGCCACUCCAGACUGGCCCAGCAGACAGGCCGUGCUCAGCCAUCCAGCUCGGGGGCAGCCUGGGGGGUCAGGCGAAGGUACGACAGCAGCCACUGCAGCACAUCCCAGGCCGUAGAAAUUGAUCCUGUAGUGGCAGCAAUCAGGGAUGGAGAUGAAAAAGCAGUAAGCAACAUGAUGAAAUCAGGAAAAAACCUUUCUGUACCUAAUAAGGAUGGCUGGAUACCCCUCCAUGAAGCUGCAUACUAUGGCCAAGUGGGCUGCCUGAGCCUGUUGCAAAAAGCGUACCCAGCCACCAUCGACCAGCGCACCCUCAAUGAGGAGACAGCUCUCUACCUGGCCACCAGCCGGGGCAACCUGGACUGCCUGCUCACCCUGCUGCAGGCUGGGGCUGAGCCUGACAUCUCCAACAAGGCCAGAGAAACGCCGCUCUACAAAGCUUGUGAGCGCAAGAAUGCAGAGGCUGCAAGGCUCCUGGUGCAGUACAAUGCAGACACCAACCAUCGCUGCAAUCGAGGAUGGACUGCUCUCCAUGAGGCUGUCUCCCGAAAUGACCUGGAGAUCAUGGACAUCCUUGUGAAAGGGGGUGCCAAGAUUGAGUCAGCGAAUGCCUACGGGAUCACUUCUUUAUUUGUGGCAGCUGAGAGUGGGCAGUUGGAAGCUUUGAGAUACCUUGCAAGAUGUGGUGCUGAUAUAAAUACACAAGCCAGUGAUAACGCCUCUGCUCUUUAUGAAGCCUGUAAAAAUGGACAUGUGCCCAUUGUGGAGUUUCUUUUGUCCCAAGGAGCAGAUGCUAACAAAGCCAAUAAGGAUGGCCUGUUACCUCUUCACAUAGCAGCCAAAAAAGGCAUUUGCGAGAUUGUGUCCAUGCUGAUCCCUGUGACCAGCCGCACCCGUGUCAAGCGCAGUGGCAUCAGCCCCCUGCACCUGGCGGCUGAGCGCAACCAUGACGACAUCCUGGAAGAGCUGAUAGAUGCCGGCUACGAGGUCAACACUGCCCUCUCUGACGAGCGGUCCUGCCUUUACGAGGACAGACGCACCACCCCACUCUAUUUUGCUGUUUUUAACAACAAUAUCUACGCCACAGAGCUGCUGCUGCAAGCUGGAGCCAACCCCAAUGUUGACCUCAUUAACCCAUUACUCAUCUCCAUCCGCCACGGCUGCCUGAAGACCAUGAAACUGCUUCUCGACCAUGGGGCAAACAUUGAUGCCUAUAUAUCAAGUCAUCCCACCACAUUUCCAGCCACCAUCAUGUUUUCAAUGAAGUACCUUUCCGUGCUGAAGUACCUCCUGGAUCUGGGCUGUGACGCAGGUUCCUGUUUUGAGUGUCAGUACGGAAAUGGCCCACACCCUGCACUGAAUUACAGGAGGGAGAGACUUAAUGAUCCUCAGGUGACCAGGGAGCCAGCUGUAGUACAGUUUUGUGAAAUGGUGUCUACUCCAGAGAUAAGUCGCUGGGCUGGGCCGAUCAUCGAUGUUCUUCUGGAUUAUGUGGGUAAUGUGCAGCUCUGUUCCCGGCUCAAGGAGCACAUUGACAGCUAUGAGGACUGGGCUGUCAUUAAAGAAAAAGCAGAACCUCCGCGACCUCUGUCCCACCUUUGCCGCAUCAAGGUACGGAGCUUGGUUGGAAGGAACCGCAUCAAACUCCUGGACACGCUGCCCCUCCCAGACAGACUGAUCCGCUAUCUACAGCACGAUUACUCACAGUGACCCCAAGCACACCGGGUAUGCAGCAGCUUCCCAGCGGGGCACCAACGUCACCACCGUGGCACAGGUGCACACCGGGGAGGAACUGCUGCUGGCUUGGUCAAGCACCCUCCCAUGACUAAUCCAAGAGAAAUUUGCUUUUGAAGCAUGAGUAAGAAGAAAAUGGAGGAGACAGCUAACAUAGGAGAGUGCUGUUAGGUUUUUCAAGAGAAAACGCAUACAAUUCACCUCUGACCUUAGUCUGGAAAGAAGAAGAAAUGAAAGCCAAUACUGACAAAUGAGUAGUGCUGAAGCAAGUAUCCAUGAGGAACUCAAGUGUCCUGAAGCUGUGGUGGAGCUUAGCAUCCUUGCCGUGGUCACAAUUCAGAACUUGUCAAGAAUCCACGUGUUUGGGAAAACAAUCACAUUACCUUCACUGACUGAGAUUUUUAUUGUAGUUUCUAUUCUAUUGUUUGGAUUUCUGCUAAGUGUGUUGGUUGCUAAUUCUCUGAUAUUUUGACACCACCUCGCUAACACCUUUAUGUCUUUUUUUUUUUGUACCUUUCUUAUUAAGUACUUGAUUUAUGAACCUUCAAAUCUCAGAACUCUUUAAUAGACUAAAAUCCAGAAAUGGUGAAUCCUUUAAAAGUCAAGGAAAGGUUUAUUUAAGGAGGAUGGAAGAAUUAUAUUUGCACAUAGUGAAUACAGUUCAUUCUGUAUUAUAUUUGCAAUAGGAAGUAAGUGAAAUUUUGCUUGAAAGAGUUUCCUAGACUAGAGAUUUGAAAGCAACCCUUAACUCUUUGGGGGUUUUUUGGUGUAAAUUAGAAGUAGCUGCACUGUAAACAGUAGGUUUAUGCUUUCAUGAAGCUGGUGUCAGAACAGAACAAAGCCCUAGAGGAGCAGGAACAGAGAGUGAUAUGAAGGAGAGCGGCAACCCUGCUGAACCAACUUAUUCUCUUCCUUCCCCAGAAGAUCUUGUCUCUACAAAAGCUAGCCUCUCCAAUCUCCUUGGACCUCUGUGGCUGUAACAAUACCAUGACUGAAAGUAAGAGAAAUUAUUUCAAAAUUAUGGAAUUCAAACUGCAAAAUUUAUGGAAAUUAAUACCCUUAAUUUGGAAUUAGGCUUCCAAAUUCCUAUUCAGUUGCCUACACAAUGGCAAGUUGAUUGCACCAGGUGUUGUUCCACUUAAACCAGGGGAAUAAUAUACAGUAUCAGAUAUUACUGAGGCAGAAUAAAAAAAAUCUCAGAAUUUAGCCCUGAAUUUUCUGAAGUUUGAAAGUUUGGAAGUCUGAAGUAUCUUUUAGUUUCCUUUGACACUGAUGAAAGUCAUUAUCUCAGUUUCUUUGAAAAUUAGGUCACCUAUUUACAGCUCAGAUCCACAACUGAUUUAUGGCAGCUUAACAAGUCACCAUCUAUCUACUGAACCACUAUAAUUGUCCGUGAAAUUCUUUUAUUGAAGUUUUUAACAAGUCACAUUCCCUCACAGCUGGGGAGGCCAAGGAGCCCAUGAACAGUUAUUGGCAGAGACUACAGAUCACUUGACAGGUGUGACUUGGUGAACUGCUUUGAUGAGUGCUUUAUUCCUCACUAGGCACCUAGGAAAGAAUGAAAGAAACUAAGUUUGGAACUACAUCUUUGCAGAUCUUAUGCUACAAGCACACUCCUUACCUUAGGUGACAGAGGAGCUGUGCACCAUGGCCUGCUUGGAGUCCCCACCAGACACCUUACAGAUCUGGUUUUGUUUGUUGGUCUGGACACCAUCCAUGGAAUAUGAUAGAAAUCUAAGUAGGGAAAAUACAUUGCACUGAGUUUUAUUGUGUGGAGUUUUAUACCUUAACACAGGACUAAAGUGUGUUGCACAAAUACAAGUAAUACAAUCUGUCUGGGCACACAGACUGUGAUGACUUUGUGUGAAAUGUCUUCAUCACUUGUGGGAUAGGAUGUGAGCAGAAAAAGCAUCGGUUACAGGAUUGCUUACUCUGUCCACUGCUGUCCCCUUUAAAAAUUCAAAACUUGAAAAACCAACAGAGUUUCAAUUCACACUGAACACUGCUCUUUUAAAGCUUUGGAAAGUCUGGUGAGAUUCCUCCACUGGUGAAAUUUCAUCCAGUAACUUCCUUUAUUGCCAGUUUAAGAUCUAUUCCCUUGUCUCCUGCAGGGUGAACAGGGAAUUGGUUUAGGUUAGAAAAUCUUUGGGUGGAGAGAAAAGGAACAAGAAAUUACUGUAACAGUUCUGCCAGGGAAGGCCCUGUACUGGUGAGCAGUUCCUGGAAAGAUAGGAAAUCACUGUGGAGUUCAUGCAUCUCUCACUUUCUGGAGCUGUGCAACAAAGUUCUGGGUCUUAUAUCGAUAUAAAUCAGUAGUCCCUGAAAUCAGGUUAAAUGUAACAAAGCAGAGUUGUAGAGGGUGAUGGAUACAGACAGAGCUUGGUGGAGACCACUUCAGAGUUUGGUGUGCAGUGACAGCCCUGGAGACCCUGGCAGGUAGAAGGGUUCACAAUCACCAAGUACACGUAUAACUCCAGAAGUGGGAUUUCACAGGUGUCCCAACCUGGGAAUUUCCCCUGAGCCUACAUUUUUGUGUCCACAAAAGUCUAGCAAAUAGCAAUUUAUUUUAAUGUUCUUGGAGAAGCUGAAACUGGGUUUGAAUGGGAUAAAUAUGGAAAUCCCAUUUCUUCUUUCAACCAAGAGACCUUCAUUUCUUUUGGGAGACCCAUGUCCUGGUUGCUGUCAAUGAUCUGUCCUGAGCAGGAGUCAUUGAGCCAGAGAGCACUGGUCUGAUGGGAACAUAACACAGCUGUGGGAAGGAUAAGUGCAUGCUGCGCACAGAAACUGAGGUGAGAAGAGUCUAUCUGUUAGAGGGGGAGUCUGGCAAUUACAAUGUUAUUAAGUCCUUUCUGCUUGAUCUUUAAAGCAAACCUUCACACACUCAGUUUACAUUUAUUUGCACUGAAAUGGAGCCCACUACCUCUCCACUCCAGUCACUGACAUACUAUUUUGUGCACAAUACUGAAUCUGCACAAAUUCAAUGUGCCUUUAAUGCAUCUAUUUACAAGUUACUGUGAAAAGAAAAAUACUCCAAAACCCAGGCAAGCCAGGCUUUGUAAGCCGAUCAGUAAUUCUAGUGCAAGGUAAAGUGGCUUGUUUCACUGAGUGUGAUAGUUAGACUCCUUCAGAUAUGAUGGCUUUAUGUGAAAUGUUCUAGGAAUAGUUCAUGACCAGGUUACUGUACUUUUUUUUAUUGCAACAUGUGCAAUUCACUUGAUGUUCUUGUGCACUUUUUUGAUUUUUUUAUUUCAUUUUGUAUAAAAGUUUUUUCAUUUACCUCUCCCUUCCCAUUAUUUAUAAAAGCUACUGUGUUUUUAAAAGUUGAAAUCUGCACUGUUCUAGUAAAUAGCAGCUCUCAAAUGUUAUGUUUCCAUCUUUCAAACAACGUAUGAAUAAAGAAGUAGAUUCUUAAGGACUAUCAGCUGUCCUGAAUAGCAACAUCAACCAUCGGCCAGCCAAACACAAAAAUAUCCAGAAAAAUUCUGAAUCAAGCCAAGCUUGAAUAAUUAUUAAUGCCAUUGUUAAUCUCAGGGAUGAGAGAACAGUAAGUAUUGCUAGAGAGGAGACAGAGUUGCCAUUAUUUGCAAACCUUUUGGAAAGUCUCACACAUCCCCAUUCAGGGAUUUUGAAUAUACUUAACAAUUGUCUUCUGUUCAUUUGUGUUUUACUUCACUGCUGCUCCAGUUCAAAGCCCCAGCAAGGGCCACUGCCUGCCUUGGGUUGGGGGGACCUUCCAUGUCACAAAGGAUUUUGAAAAAUUAACAUUAGUUUAAAUCUGAGUGUAGGAGCAUAAAUAUUUGAGUCAGAGGUCAUUUAGAAUGGUGUGUUUCAAUCCUUCAUCAUAACUUUAAAACACAUUAUUCUACUACAUGGAAAAUGUGCAGCAAUAUACAUUCAAAUAAAAAGGAAUUUAAAAGAAGAAUAAAAAGAAAGCUAAGAAUUUAAUAUUCACAAGAUAGAAA